AUGCCCCAAGGCUCCCAAGCUGCGACCCGGGCGACUCUGGGGCGGCGACCCCUGGCAGGAGUACCUGUCCUUCCGCGGGACCCCUACCAAGACUGCCACACUUACAUACACCUUUUAGAGAGGGGCAUACGAGACUCCUGGGAGGAAGGAGAGCGAAUAGAUUCACUUUCCUUUGUGAGGGACAGGAGGGUGGGCUGUCCGGCGGCGCCCGGACAAGGGAGGCGAGACCGGAGAUGUCUCCUGCCUCACUUGUCAGACCAACCCGCGGGCAAAAUGUCUCGGUGCUCCGGGCGUCGGAAGGCCCGCUGUCCCGAGAAGAAGGCACCUGGCGUCCGUUCCUGUCCCACGGGUGCGCACGGAGCCUCCUGGGCGCAGCCAGGUGGCCCCGCGCAGUGCACAGCCCGGCGCCUGCAGAUGGAGAGCUGCAGCGGGAUAUGCGUGCCUCUCGCGGAACAGCAACCCCCACCAGCCGGGCAACCCCCACCAGCCGGGCAACCCCAGCUAAAAGUCAGGGCCCACGGCAAAGAGGCAGUUCUUUCCUGUAGUUUCUAUCUUUAA